AUGGCGGAUUCAGUUGAGCACGGCGAUCAAACUCUGCCAACCAAUUUGACAUUAUUUCCGCUUCUUCUUGAGGCGCUCUCUAAAGAAGGCGCAGACCUUGUACCACAUCAGCUUGAAGCCGUCCGUCACCUCACCACCAUCAGCGAAGGGCCUAGGUUCUCGAUUCGUCGCCAUCUCCGCGCACAGGCAGCAGGAAGAAACGUUGUCGCUAAGGUUCUCAACCGGUGCAUCUCGCCUAGCGCUGCGAAAAACGAUGCCUGUACAAUCGCCGAUCUUGUCCGUAUGUUGAAAGAAGUGAGGAUACUUAAUUACGGCCCAUUUCGGAAACAUGAGAACAUCGCCAACCUAGAUGCCGUCGAGUUUGGCAUCUUCUCUGGCGACCCAUUUGAGAUAUGCCCGGUUUUGGCCUUGGAGGCUGCAGAGCUCGGAAGUUUGGAUACUCUCCAGAGCAAGCCCGCCUCACAGACUCUUCCAUGGAGUGCUCGAACAUCACUUCUCUUUGAUGUCGCUAGCGGACUCAAGGCUCUGCAUGACCAUGGAGUUCUCCAUGGUGAUCUUAAUCCCUCGCACAUAUUAAUCCAUCCGCACCCUCAGAGAGGACUCUUAGCCAAACUUAUUGGAUUCGGAGAAGCUCAGAUCAUUUCAAAUCUGAAGUCUGCUCCGGCUCUCUUGGGUACCGCGCCAUGGAGGGCCCCAGAGAUCGAAGAGGCUUCUAUAUCCCUCGAAAAUGUUCUAAAGGCUGAUAUUUUCUCACUGGGGCUUGUGUUAUGGUCUAUCUGCGUGAUGCAGGAUCCAUUCGCCAAAUUUGACCUGCCCAUCGACCCUGCUUCGAACGAAGAGAGCAUUAAGUUCAUUGUUCGUCAAGCAUAUCUAUUUCGGUGUAUCCCAUUCUUCAUACAACAUACAGUAAGAGAACUUGAUGACGAGUCUCUUAGAAUGUUGGAAGAGUUGUUUGAGUGCUCAGUGCGACUCACACCAGCGAGCCGAGAUCUCUCAAAGAUUCUGCGUAUCCUCACUCCGCAUAGCGGCCGGGAAGCGCUACCACCUCACGAAGAAGAUUUUGGAGUCGGCUUGGAAAACCCGUGUAUAGAUAUGCCCGAGCAGUCGCUUACUAGCAUCACAGCGGGCGUUUCAGUCCUCAAAGACCUGCCUUCACUUGUGGCAAAGGAAUUUGUGAAGACGCUUCAGUCGAUUCUGGAUCUUCCCCCGACCGAAGAAAAUAGGAAAAUUAUUGAAGGAUCAUCUUGGACGCUUUUCCUCUGUCAUUUCUAUGGUUAUGGGACUAAGCGAAGCGUAUCUGCCGCGAUAUAUACAUUGAUUCGUCACCCCAGUGAUCCACAGUCACCAGCAAUUCUCGUCGAUAAUACUAUAUCUGUCCUGAAAAAAGCCCUGGGAGAAGAAUUUCCACCCGAGAUUGCGUUAGACGGUCUGAGUCUCUCACUCGAAGAUGGAAGACAUGGCAGCCUUGGGUCGUGGAAAACUCUUCGCCGGCCACCAGCUGUUUAUUUACUUGAGCAUGGGGUCAAGGUUGAAGAGACGGAGAUCCUUGAUUAUUUAGAUCGCGUCCGAAUGGAUGAAGGACUUCUCGAAAAAGACAUUGGAUCUUGUAACACUCUCCUACACAUGGCCGCUAUUUUCGGAUUAUCGGAUCAGAUUUCUUUCCUGGGAAAUUUUCCCCAGGUAGAUAUUGAUGCUCAAAAUGAUAGAGGCGAAACACCGGUCUACCUGGCCUGUGUCUAUGGGCACAUUGAGACCGUAAAAGUUCUUUUGGAGCUCGAUGCAAAUGCAUCAAUCAACACCCAUGAACAAAAGAACGGUCUCCAUUGGCUAUCAUCCUUCCCAAAGGAAGUAGUUCAGCAACUAGCUGACGAUCUGUUUGAAAAGGGGGCUGAUCUGGUUCUGCCCGAUAGGGAAGCCCUUCGAUAUAUGCAAUGGACAUCAAUGUGCCCUGUAGAAACAGAGUUCAUUCAGACCGGGAAAAUACGAGGAAAUCCCCUCUUGACAGCCAUCAGCAACAUUGAUAUCGAUUCCGUGUUGGCGAUCUUGUGCGUUUCUAAGGACUUCAUCUCCAUGUGCAGUCCAGAGACGCGGCUGUUUGUUACGUUGGGUUUGGUCUUUGAGCCGGCGCUUCGUCUUGCGUGUGAGCUUCAUUUGUUCGAUAUAAUAAACAUUCUAUGCUUGGUCCUGAGGGGAAUUCUUCUUUCUCUGCCAAAGGACUCGGUACCAUCUGCUGCUGAUGGCUUAUUCCAAGAGUUGCGUAGCGGGUUGUGCGAGGUAGGGGAAGUCUUUACUGCCCUAACACAAUCUACCUCCCAUAUACGGGCAGCCCUGGACAUGCGCUUUCAUCUUCAUAGACUUUCCUACCAUGAAUCAAGCUGGAAGAUUGCAUGUCGGCAAACUAUUGAGCUUCUCGUCGAUCGUGGUUUCGUGACGAACAUAGUCCGGACAGAGAGGGGGCCGCUAGGGACUGCAGCUUUUGCUAUCCAUUGUGGAAAUAACGAGGCUUUGCGUACACUAAUUCAAAUGACUAUGUCUCGGAGCGGCCAGUUGGAAGUUGUUGAUUCCCAGGGAUAUACCUUGGUCCAUCACGCACUGUCGAGAGGCAGGCUCGAUUCGCUCAAAAUCCUGGCCGAGCAUGGGGCAGUGUUGGAUCUACGACAGCAUCGAAAUCCUGAACACUGCCUCACGGGUGCAGGAGCUAGCUACUUGCACGUUCUCGGCUCAUUGCGGCUAGAAGACCCGGAGUUUGUGCACAUCUUCCUGGAGCACGGAGUCCCGGCAACCAUCGAGGACAACCAAGGGAGUAGUGCCUUAUCUCUGGCCUUGAUACGCGGUGCAUUCUCUGUAGCUCGUGUAUUGCUUCAACAAGGCGCCAGCCUAUUAGAGAAAGGUCGAUUCAUUCUGUCUUAUGAAGACAAUAAUUCACUAUUCAUUGUCUCUCCCGAGCUGGAUUACACAAUCUUCCAUAUAAUUGCACAAUGUUAUUCACCAAGUAAACAAUAUCCGCGGCUUAUUGACAUGGUUAUUCAGAAAUACGGAUCAAGGGAGCAUCUAGAGGUCCGGGCAAACAAUCCGGCAAAAUCCACUGCUGUUUUUACUGCCGUUGCCCAACUGAACCCGAUUGUCGUUGAAACUCUAGUCAACGCGGGAGCAUCUAUGGCCGACACGGACUCCGAAGGUCGAACACCACUGCAGUAUGCUCGUGUAGUCCAUUCCAAACUCAUUUAUAACGUACACGGCGUGUCUAGCGGUAAUAAAAUUGAGGACUUGGAGCGCAUAACUUCGGUCAUCAUCAUUCUUGUGGAGAAGGGAGGUCGUCUGGAGCAUAUCGACAUACCCAAAAUCAACGCUGCACUGGACCUAGCCGAACCUCUAUUGAAAAGGAUGAUGUGUUCCGAACAUAAAGUGGCCUACAUGCGGCACCUUGAAGAUUCUCUGAUGGCCACUGUGAAGUCGGGCUAUUCUGACAUGAUAUCAACUUUAGAUAUUGACGGCCUUGAUCUGAUCCGGAGGAUUGUCCUAAGAAAGGUAAAGCCAUGUCUUAGAAUGGACCUGGAGUAUCGUGUCUUGCCCCUAUCUUCGGACGCUUCAAUGCCAUUUGAGUAUGAAGCAGUCAGGGAACGGAUCCCAUGGUUUCAAGAAUUGACGAAUAGAGAUCUUCAGCAAUUUCAGAUGGCGGCUGCGUUUGAAUGGCUCCUUGACCUCAUUCAAGCAAACGACGUUCCCCCUAACAGUUCCCAGCUGGGGACAGAGGCCCUUCUUAAAUAUGCCUUGACAAGAAACCCAGCUGAUCUGCCCUUUGAUCCGAAAAUUGUACGAUUCCCUUACGGGUUGUUAGAAUGGUACGGACGCAUUAUUGCAACGAAUAGUUUCUUGGGAGAAGAGUGUGAUUGGGAGCAGCGGUUGGGAUUUUUGGAGAUUCUCAAAGAGAGAGAAUUGGCGCGAAAACAGGGGAUAUUCCCACUACCCGCCUUCGAUGAAUCGUUCCGAGACUUUCACUUCAACAAGCUCCAGCCCAAGGAACUGGAUGUCGAAAAUUCAUUUGCUUCCAUCUCUACGGUCCUCCGUUGCCGCUGCUACUAUGAAGAUAUAGGCAGCUGCACACGAUUUAAGCUCAUGCGUAUCACCCAAAGAAUGAGUAGCAUCGAUUCCGAGACAUGGAAAAGUCGAGUCAAGGAGUAUAGUGCAGGAAUCGCAGGAUUCGAGGGCAAGCUUUCGAACUGGAAAGAGCUAGCUACUGGCUCAAGAAAGGAUUUGCAACAUAUCUCCAUUCUGGCACAACUCCUUUCUGAUACAGAGACACCAGAAUCGGCAUUUCUACUUGCACACCCUAAAAAUCUUGGCGAGAUUCCCGUGGAACCUGUUGUGGCAAAUUCGACGGCAGCUCCCCCUUCUGAUAACAGCGGGUUGUCACUGUGGGAGCAAAUCUGGAAGCUGCGCUACGCUCCCUUCAACACGGAGCAGCACCGAGACGGGAUUCUACUCUGGGUUGAUGCACUUUGUAUCAAUCAAGACGAUAUGGACGAGAAAGCCAAGUUGGUCAACCAAAUGUACAGCAUUUAUAGGGCUGCUCGGACGGUGACGGUCUGGCUGGGCGCUGCGGAUCCCGAUACGCCGGAUCUGAUGAAUCGCAUUCAUAACUUUAUUUCGACCUACACCCGAAUAAGCGAACCAGAAGGCAGCCUGCAAGAGGCGAAACUUUUGAAAUGCCCACCUAUAUGGUAUUCAACCACCAUACUUCCGGCGGUAAUCCACUUAUUCGAUCGACCGUACUGGAAGCGGCUCUGGGUGAUGCAAGAGAUAACAGCCAGUGCGCCCUGUGAGGGGUUUUAUGUCGGAGAAGAUGUAAUAUCUUGGAACGAGAUGCUUCUGCUCAUUCGCCAUCACAGGAACCUUACAGAUCUACAUAAGGCAACUGAUGAAUUUACUGAAGUCCAGCUUGGUCGAGCUUUUGGCAAUUUGUCGCAUACCAGGAGACUCAUGGCCAUGGCUGAGAUGUACCACACGAGCCUGGGAUAUCACAUAGGAAUAUUUCACUGGAAUUUGGUAGCUGGACGAACUGGAUUUCACUCGGCGGCGGUGCCCAUGUGA